AUGGAUAGAAGAGGUACAAAGGUUUCAGCCAACCCAUCACCUGUAAGUAAAGAAGCUAAUGCUAAUAUAACUCUUGUUUAGUUUGGUAUGAUUGACUAGGAACUUCCUUCUUAGGAUAAGCUAUACUAUCAAUUUAUUUAAGGACAAAAAGACCCUAAGAGACUUUAUAUUACUUUAAAUGAUUCGCACAAAGAUCAAGAUGAGUAGACUCAUUUAAUUGUUUUAUUAUCUAAGAAGUUGACAGAAAAUGCUUAUUUUAACGAGGCAAAGCAAUUUAUAACUAUGGCUUUCAAUGAUCAUCCUAAUCACUUCUAAUUGUGUGAGGAAGCAGCUAGGAUUCACAUGAUGUUUAUGGAAUUUAAGUAGUGCAUAGAAUUCAACAAAAAGGCUAUAGCUUUAAAGAAAUCAGAAUAGGAUUAAAAUUUAUCGAAUAUUGGGUUAGCUUACUACGAAAUGGAAGAUUAUAACGAAGCUUUAAAUCAUUUGAACUAGGCUAUUGACAAGAAUAGUAGAAAUUUCGGAGCAAAGAUCAAUUUGGCUUUGGUAUACAAACAUAUGGGUAAUUUAGACAAAGCAUUAUAAAUUUUGGCUGAUGUUUAGAUGGCUAGUCCAACUGAAACUGCUGCAAUGAUUAAUAUGGCGAAUAUUUAUCAGAUUCAAGGUAGACAUGAAUAGGCUGCUAUUCUAUAUUUAGAAGCUCUUGAUAUUGAUUUCAAUGAUGAAGAUGCAUUAUGCAACCUUGGUAUAGUUCUAUCUAGAAUAUAAUACCAUGAUUAUGCAAAACUUGCUUUUGAAGAGGGCAUUAAUGUUAAUCCAGGAAAUAAGAUUAUCCUAUAAAAUUAUUUGCUAUUCUUGCUAGAGAUAAAGCACUAUGAUAAAUUUAAUACAAUCAUGAAUCAUGCAAAGAGGGUAUUAGAGACUUAGGACCUAUAGAAUUUACAAAAGCUUUAUCAAGAUUUCUAAAAAGCUAGUUCAGGUUUGGCCUCUUAAUAAUUAAAUAUCUAGGCAAAUGCAAGUGUAGAUCCUAAGAAGGCUUAAUCUGCUGGAGGAGGUGGAUUGAAAAGUUCACUGAAGAACUUCUUUAAUAAAAAGAAGGCAAGCAAUAAUGCUGUUAAAAUGAACGAUAACAAUAGCAUAAAAGAAAUCGAAGAAGAGGAAGAUAAAGACGAUUACUGA